ACGCGGUUCUCGACUGUCGCGGUUGUUUACAUCGUCGUUCAUCGACACUGAUCGAUUUCGCGAGUCUCCCCCCGGAGGAUCGAGCACGACGGAGUUACGGCGUUUGCAAUUUCAGCAGAUUAUCUGAAAGAUGACCGACGAACUGGGCUCUCCAUUGCGCAACGCUGUCGUUUCAGAGAUACCGGCCGCCGCGUGUUACAUGCCGAAUUUCAUUACCGAGGAGGAAGAGAGGCAGAUUGUAAGAUGCGUCAACAGCGCGCCGCAGCCAAAGUGGACGCAGUUGAGCCACCGUAGGCUGCAGAACUGGGGCGGCAUACCGCAUCCCAAAGGGAUGAUAGCGGAAGGGAUCCCCGACUGGCUUCAAAGGUACAUCGAUAAAGUGGCGGCUUUGAACGCCUUCGAGGAAGGAGCGUUGCCUAAUCACGUUUUGAUCAACGAAUAUUUACCGGGCCAAGGAAUAAUGGCACACUCGGAUGGCCCGCUCUUCCAUCCUGUUGUAACCACCAUCACUUGUGGUUCCCACACGCUCCUCGACUUUUACAGACGGUUGGAGGCAACAGAGCAACAGCAACCGAAGUUAGAAUUCAGCUUGCUACUAGAGCGCAGGAGUCUGUUGGUCCUGUGGAGGGAUCUGUACCAUAAUUAUAUGCAUUCCAUAGCAGAGAGGGACGCGGACAACAUAACGGAAUGCUCGAUAAAAAACCUACACAUGUGCGCGGAAAAGUUUCCGGAGGGAGGGACAAUCAAACGCGGCACUAGACUGUCGUUAACUAUUAGACACGUUCCAAAAACUAGCAAACUAAAAUUAAAAAUCUUUUGAUACGCACGUUUAUUACCGAAAGCCGGAGGACUCGUAAUUGCAAUAAACAACGACGCCAAAAAUGCCGUCUUA